GCAGUGAGCAAGACAGCAACUAGACAACCAGACGCGGAAUCAACAUAUUCUCGUGCCCAUCAAAGGAAGCGACGACGUGCUGACAUUUUAUAUAAAUAAGUCUUCCAAAUGCUACAUCGUGUAAUAAUAUCUUAAUCUGUUGGGAUGAAUUCCUCGGUACUAAAGCCAGUUCUAGGAUUAGCGAUACCUGGUAUCUAUUUAGUUUAUAGGUAUCAACAACUAAGAAGAAGCGAAAAGGACAAGAAAGAAAAGCGGAAAAUCACAGAAAAGGAGUUAGAUAUCCUCAACAGAAAAAUUGAAAAGCUUUUGAAGAAACUAGACAAAUACGAUCUUUCAGAACCUGCCCACUCAAAAGAAGAAGAGUGCGUGGUCUGCCUGAACACCAAGGCAUGUAUCCAUACGUUUCCAUGCGGUCACAAAAUAAUCUGUCGCAAGUGUUUUGUGAAGACAAUCCAAAUCGCUGUUUCACAGCGCGUUUUGCCUUUGCGUUGUGUAAUGUGCCGGACUCGAAUUGAUCGACUGAAGCAUCCUGUUCAUAACACCAUAUUGUAAAAAGCGGUCUUCAUGCCCACGUCAGUCUGCACGAUCACUGCUAUUGCAAGUCCAUACCGCUCCUAAGAAUGUCAAGACUGAGAUCUAGCAAUACCUUAUUAAAUUGUUUGACUGUCAAAACCGAACCAUGAGGCAUUGUUUGACAGAAAGAUCUGGAAAGAAUGCUUCGCUUUUAUAUCUGAAAGUGAUUGUUGCUUCAUCCGAUCAGACGUGUGUCUACAAAUAUGUGUUUCCGUAAUGAAAAAGUGUCAUUUACAUCGAAUCAAUCAUGUUAUCAAUGAAUGAAUAAUGUUGUCUUCUUGCUUUACAACAUAAUGAUAGUACUGAUGUAGUGUAUUCCAAUAUUUUGUAGGAAUAGUAUUAGCAGUACAUAGCACAGUACAUUAUAUGAUUGAAAAAUGUAAUAUCAAAAAUGGUUUCUUUAUUUAAAUAUUUGAGAAAGAUAGAGUGAAGCUUUAUGUAAUUCAUGUUCUGAUGAACAAACAAAAAAAUGUUCAAUCAUAAAUAUAUAAAUUGUUUAUAGAAAAAAAAUUAUGAGUCAACAUGUAGGCCUUAUUGAAUAAUAGUAAAGACUAUUGCACAAUAAUAAAUAUAUAUUAUAUAUCUGAUUUAUGUAGCACUCUAAGGCCUCUCCAUGCUUGACUUUAUUACUUACUUCAGUCAUUGCAUUAUACACCUAUGGAACACAUUGCACCCUGCUUCUUUGGUGUACAGUAGUAUUUCAUAAUGUUGCACUUUACCCAGUCAGUGGUACUGAAAAGUUUUAAAUGCCAGUGAACUGACAUUUACACCCCACAGGUACCCACAAUUUCUGGGUGAAUAGAUACAAUUUAAGAUGAAUUGUCUUGACAAAGAACACAAAAUAAAUUGUUAUAUUUGAACCCUUAAUCUUUUGAUUGGAAGGAUACUGGGCUGCAUAAUAUCUAUCAGCGAUUGGUAUUUAUUAUAUGUACAUACAUAACAUGUAAUAUAAAUACUCUAUGAACUUUACUGUAUUAUUAUAUAAUACAGUACAUACUUAUCCUACAUGUUGUGUAGUAUAAAGAUAUAUAAGAAUAAGAUAUUUUCAGAAAUUUUCCUAGUAAUUAAUAUAAAUUAUCUUUUUCAUGUUUGUAAAGCUUAUUAAGUUGUUAUUUUUUUCAAUCGAUAAGUAAUGACCAAACCAUAUGUUUGUGCAAUAUAUCUCAACUGUAGUGUGACUCAAUUAAGUGAAAAUGAAAUAGCCAUGAUCAUGCGUUGCACCUAUGGGUAGUUUGCAUUUAUCAUUAUUGCUAUUAACUGUACUAUUUGUUUGAGUAAACACAUCCAAUGCUAGACCCAGAAAGAAUGGGGUUGGCCAAAGCAUCAAGUCUUCUGUUUUGAUUGCCAAAUUGCAAAUUUCAUUUAAAAAAAUUGUUAUUGAACUUUGACCCCACACUGUCAGACCUUUCCCUGUGUCCCCCCCACCCCAAUUAGACAUUCUAGAUUCAUCCCACAAUUAUUAAGAAUUACUUUUGUUAUGUAUGCUUUGAGUUUAUUGCAUACAUAAUUUGCUUAGAUAUGUAUUAUUUGCCAAUAGUUUUACUCUUAUUUAAAAAAAAAAAACCACAAUUUUUUGCCACUUUUUUAACAGUAGUAUAAGUUAAAUAUUUUGCGACGUUUUUUAUAGGAAAUAUUUCAUGUUUAAUUUACUAUAACCAUGGGGGUAUUAUAGUAUACAAAUAUUAACUGCUUAUGAGGGGAAUGGUGAAAUCUAUUGUCCCGAGGUGAUGUGGAGAUCGUAGCCUAUCUUAUAGGUUACGGUCUCCACAUCACUGAGGGGCAGUAGAUUUCACUGUUCCCCAAAUAUAGAGCAGUCAAUAUUUGUUUUAUAUACCUCAUACAUAGAUUCUACGAGGCCUAAAAAAGUACUUACUUCCUAGCCUGUUAUAUUAGAGGCAUACUAGGCCUACUACUCGACUAGCUAGGCCUAUAGGCCUAGGCGAUCAAAGAGUGUGUCUAGCUCUUCUUUGCUUAUUUCCUAAAUUUCAACAGUACCCAUUGUCUUGCAAUAUAUUUGUCAAAUAUUGAUAAGACAUAUUUAAUUUGUCUUUUGGUGCUUUUGCUAUCGGCUUCAUCAAGAAGUAAUGCUAGGCCUAGGCUAGUACAGUACUCCUUCAUUUCGAAAGGAGCAGCCUCCAUUAUUUGUUUAUCGUCUACUCGCUGAUCCGCGAGUUCAUGACGCGGUCAGAGAAUAAUCUCGUCGUAGAGGUUGCAGUCCCCUUUACCAGCGCAACGUGAUGUAGUGAGCCUAGAGUUUGCACAUCGCAACAGGUCAAAAAAAGUAUUAUUUUUGACGGGAGUAGUACUUUUUGAGGGGAAUAGUACUUUCUAUUGCCCCGCUUCUUAACCAAUCAGAUGCCUAGAAUCUAUGUAUGAGGUAUAUAAUAUGCUAUCUCUCCUUAAGUGCCAUUCUACUAGAAAGACGCUUUUAAUUUUUUAUUAAAUCCCAGCCUUCUAAUAAUGAAGAACGCAUUCUCCCUUCAAAUUUUCAAAGUGCAAGUGUAACCAACAUAUAGUUAUCUAACUAUUUAUAGCAUUUGACAAUCUAUGUCAUUAUCCAAUUAAUGUUACUCAAAUUAAAUAAAUUGAAAUUCUAUUAGAUGCCAAUCAUCUCAAUAUUAGCCUAGUAUUAUGGCCAUGAUUGAACUUCAAUAGAAGAAGACAGUAGAUUGGCUGCUCAGAAAUCAAAUUUUAAAAUCAAUAAAAUAGCCUUAAAAAAAUUAUGUCAAGUUUUAAGACAACAAUAUGAUCAUUAUUAUUAAUGAUAGUUUGUGACAAUAAAGAAAAUAUAUAUGUAACCUUAAGCUAUUUGAACCAACCCCCAGGGACCAGUACUAUUAACUACCCACAUUAAAUCGCAAUUUGAAUCCACCAACAACUAAUUUAAAUGUAUAAAAUCUGUUUUGAUGGAUGAUUUCCCUAUCCAAAAAAUAUUGAUCUAUAUAUUUAUUCAGCUACAAUUCUGAAAUUUGAGACAUCAGGAUGAAAUGCUUAUGUAAAUAUAGUACUGUACCCUCAAAUUUAAUAAAAAAUAUUCAGCUGUUAUCAAAUAUUA